AUGGUGGAGAAGAUCUACGUCACUUACAACGAUGUGCACAAGCUCUGCCAAGAGGCAGCGCCCAAGAUGCUGUCCAUCUUCCAGCCGCAGCUCAUGAUCGCCAUCGGCGGCGGCGGCUACGUGCCGGCCCGCAUCCUGCGCUCGUUCCUGAGGGAGCCCGGCAGCCCCAACAUCCCCAUUCAGGCCAUCGGCCUGUCACUUUACGAGGAGCUGCCCAUGUCACACCCGUCCAACGGCACCACUGGCGCCGUCGAAAAGAUCGGCACCCGUGUCACCCGCACCCAGUGGCUCGACCUCAGCAGCCUCGGCGAGAUGGAGAACCUCGUCGGCAAGCGCAUCCUGAUCGUCGACGAGGUCGACGACACCCGCACCACCCUCGAGUACGCCGUUAAGGAGCUGGAGAAGGACGUCGAGGCCGCGCGCGCGAAGCUCGGCCGCGAGGGGGAGAAGACACAGUUCUGCAUCUUCGUCUUACAUAACAAGGACAAGAAGAAGAAGGGGACCCUGCCGGCCGACAUGAUGGAGGAGUCGAGGUACAUGGCCGCCAGGACAGUUGGUGACGUCUGGAUCUGCUAUCCGUGGGAAGCGACAGAUAUUGACGAGCACGACAAGCUUGCCAGGGAGCAGGCCAACAAGACCGGCAGCUCAUCAUAA